AUGUCCGAGGAGCGCCUCCCGGACACUGCUAGUCGCGACCCGCUGGGCCAGGGUCCGGGGCGUACCCGUGUGACUUCUCUUGGAUGUCAAUUUUCUGCCCUCCGGGGUUCAGGCGAUGGGUGCUUUUCUCAGGAGGAGGAAUUUACAUCAGGAGGUGAGGGGGCCGCUGGCCAUGGGCCCCGGAGGGCCCGAUGUGCCGUGACUUGCAGCGUUGAUACCUCUUGUGGCAAUCAAGCCGAAUCGCCCGGAGCCUUUGCAACCUCCAAUCUAGUGACUCAGGAUGUGCGCCCUGCUGGCAGCACUCCUGCUCUGCUUUCAUCAGAGGUGUCCCCGCAACAUCCGGAUGUCUCUGCAGAUCCAACUGGGCGGGACUCACGUCAGGUCUGUAGUGAGCCUCUUGUGUCUUCUGCCCCAGCCUUGCAUCACAAACCACAUGAUCCCAAAGUUGAUUGGAACCUCAUAGGAAGCUUGCUUGUGUCAGGUGCCAGGACGGAUUUUGCCAGAGUUGAAAAGCAGCUUCUUGAUGCAGUUGAGAUCAUUGAGGAUAAUUUUGAUGAGACCUCCUUGGAAUGGUGGGCAGGAAAACAACAGGGAGUCCGCGGCGGAUUGGUCACCAUCUCGGCGUCACAUUACAAUGUUUUCCAGUCUUUUGAGUUCCUGGCUGAAGGCUGUGGUUUUCUUGUUGAUCAGUUUCGCUUGAAAGGGUGGACUUUGGCUGUCAUCAACCUCUACCUGCAGUCUGGUUGCUCUUUGCAGGCCGAGCCCAAUUGCACCAUCGUUGCAACUUUGCUUGCCACGGUCCGGAGUCUAGCAGUGCCGUGGAUUGUUAUGGGUGAUUUUAAUUUGCCGAUUGAGGAAAUGCAGGCCACCUCCAUCCCAACCGAGGCUAGAGGCUUGUUGUUGUCCCCAGGCGGACCAACGACUGACCAUGGUGCCUGCCUUGACUAUGCCUUGAUUUGCCAUUCCUUAUCGGGUUGUUUUAAGCCGAGCCUUGACUGGGCAGCACCUUUUCGCCCACAUGCUCUUGUUGAAUUUUCGCUGGCAGCUGAUUGCACCACUGCUGUUCCGCAGCUGCCCCGCUUCAGACAACUUGAAGUUGCACACCAACCUUUCAGCCAGUCUGCCUCCCGAUGUCAGGUCGUGUGGGAGGGCAGCCAGCAAAUUUCUGAGAUCACUAGUGUGUUCGCGAGCUGGUCCCGAGAUGCAGCCGCGUCUUGUGGGAAUUUAGAUGGCUUUCCGGGCAGUUCUUUUGUGAUUCAGGUCAAGCCGCUGGUGGCUCCGUCUGCCCCACACCGACUGUGGAAAGGGCAUGCUGAAUCCUUCUGGGAUCGCAUCGUUGCGUGGUCCAAACAUUUUCGGGCCCUCCAGAGCAAGCCUUUAACACACCCGGAGGAUUUCUUAGCUCAGGCUGACACUCAUUGGGCUGAUGUUGGCAACAUGCCCCUUCACCAAUGGAAGGCCCAAGCCUUUGGCAUGCUCAAUGGGUGUGAACCGGAUGACGCCUGGGUUGCGGCCACGUCUCGCCAGCAGCGCCAUGCUCGAAAGUUGCAUCUUUCUGACAAAAGUGCGGAUUAUCAGUCUUGGCUUCAAUCCUCCAUGAAAGCUGGCAUGCGGCCCCUCUUCAGAGCACUCAGCAAUCCAGAAGCCAAGGUCGAGAGGCCCUUUCUUGAUAGUCCGUUGGAAUUUCGGCCUUUCCUUAGGCUGGAGUUCUGGAGUAAACUGUGGAAGGCGCAACCGUCGCCUUUACCGGAGCUCGAUUCAAAGCUUCAGCACGUGGCCCGGGAACACGCGGCACAGCUUCCACCCUUGAGCCUUGAGCAAAUCAAGCAAAGGAUCCGCAAGCUCAGCAACAAAGCUGGGGGAGCCGAUGGUUGGAGUUACGCACAGUUCAAGGUUCUGCCGGAUGAGGCGCUAGCCCUGCUUCAUAAUUUUCCGCCGCUUUGUGCCGACACCGCCCUGAAAGUUUACAGAGGAGCCAGAUACAUCAUUUCGGACAGUGUUGUCUCGCCCAGAUGCUUCGGGGCAUCCGGCCUCAUGGCCGGAUGCCCCUAUGCGCCAGCAAUUGCAAAACUGGCACUGUUUCCGAGCCUUUCCUCAUUGCACAAGAGCAAGCUGGCUGACAAUAUCACGGCUUGGUUGGACGAUGUCAGUGUCGAUACUGAAGGCGCUCAAGCAGAGAAGACGGCACACCGUGCUGCUCAAUCCUACAACUUGUUGAAGCAUGCCUUGCAGCGGGAUGGACUCCACAUGUCCAUCGCAAAAACGAUUACAGUUGCAAAGGCUCGUCAAGCAAAGGGCCAGGCCAGAGCAGGACGUCAGCGAACGCUCAAAGUUCCCUCCUUGUCCCACAAGUGGAGGCUGUACAAAGGAGGUAUUUUCGCCUCUGCUGCAUGGGGCCAUCAAGCUCAGGGAAUUUCUCCGAAGCGAUUGAAAUGGUUGCGAGGGUGUGCUGCGCAGCAGCUGCAGCGACACAAACUUGGCAGCCUUGAUCUGCUUUUCGAUUUGCACUGCAAGUUUGAGGACCCUCUCAUCACCAUCUUGACACAACACUUUGCCACGAUUACUAAGGUUUUUCUUCGAUGGCCAGGGACCCUGUGGGGACAGCUCAAAACUUCCUGGAGCAGCACGUGGAGCCGACUCAAGGCUUCACCCCAUCCGUGGAAAUGCGUCUCUGGACCGAUGGUGGCCGCACAGGCCUAUCUGAUGCAACUUGAGAUCGAUGGGCAAAGUCUUGAGCAUUGGACUUGGGAUGAUGAGGAUUUCACCUGCGAUUGGAAGGAACCUGGCAUGCCCGUGUUGCUGCCUUUGUGGAUGACCCUCUCCUUGCUGAAGGUGUCGAUUGGGCCAGCCAUAGGGCCAGAAUCCGACGUGAAGCCAAAGCCAAACGCACCACGAAGUGGCUACAUGCUUUGUGGCAAGGAGCAGUGCUUCAUAACCAAAAUGGAGGCACUCAGCAAUGCCCGCUAUGCCAUUGUGAUGCCUCGUGGUCGCAUGUGCUCCUUGAGUGCAGAUACUGGUCUGGGCGCCACCGCGAUCCACCUGAGCAUUGGGCUGAGCUCAAGCAAAAGUCUAUGGGCGACUACCAGCAAGCUUAGUGCAUCGACUUAUGUGUUCAGCACAGACGCCUCUGGCGGGCCGGAUAGUGUUGACACCCGCCUGCGCAUCGUUGCCUUUGCCCUGCUGGCCCUUCAAAAGGAGGGUGACGAGCUCACCUGCGUUGCCUCCAUCACCGGGUUUCUUCCCGUCGGAUCGUCGGUUGCAGAAGGCGAAACACAUGCGCUGCAGCUCCUCGCUGAGAAUGUCGACGGUUUUGCUGAUGUCACCUGUGACUGUCAAACGGCCAUUAAGAAAUCCCAGAGACUUGAUAAUCUUGAUUGUCAUUGGGUUCGGUCACACCAGUCAGCUGCUGCUUUUGAAAAGGAGUUUGGGGCAGACCAGCUAUGGCGCAUGAAGGCCAAUUCUUUAGCUGAUGAUAAGUGUGGUAAGCUGGCUGCAACCCUUGUUGAUAUCAACUUUAAAAAUGAUGUGCAGGAGUUGGACCGUCUUGCUCAGCAGAUCUCGACCUUUCUUGCUGAACGUGUGGAGCUUUUGUUGACUUCCAAAAAAGUUGAAGCCGACACCAGCCGUUCCAUUGCGGAGUCCUUUAAAGCCAAGGAGCAGGAGGUCGUAGGCUGGCUGUCCAGCAAGGGUUGGGGCGGGGUUGAGCUUGCUCGCCAUGACUUGGGGAAAAAACGGAAUCAAGAGGGCAACCUCUCCAAAGCCGUCACGACACUUUGGCAGAAGUUUCCCCCAGAGGUCCAGAAGGAACUGAGCGAGGCAGGUUUCCAAGCAGGCCGGCAGCCGAGUCCGCCUCCAGGCCUCCAGUCUGGAAAAGGCAACGGGGCAAAGGGUGGGCUUGACGAGCAGGCCGAAGCCUCUAAGAACCUGUGGGAUUCUGCGUCUGAUGAUCAGAAGAAGCUGAUGCGCCAAGCUGGCAUCCCUGAGCCGGUUGCGUCGGAGCCAACAGACCUUGCGGCCCUUUGCAAGAAGCACUUGGAGUCAAUGCCGCCCUCGAUCCAGCAAGCCCUUGCAGCACUUGAUCCUCCGGCCCCCACGCAGACUCAGCAGAUUGAGAUUGCAACUCGUCGCUUUAAGCAGAGCACUACGGACUUGCGACUGAUGAUCCAGCAAACUGCUGCCUUACAGAUUCGCAUAGACCGCGCCAAAGCAACCUACCAGGAGCUGCUUGAGAAGAUGAAGGUUUGCCAAUCUGAUUUGCAGAGCAAACAAGCUGAAGUCACGGCUAUGCAGUCGGAGUUGGAAGCCACACUCCGUGCUGAUGCUUCGGGUCUGGAGGACCCCGCGCGCAAGGACGAUCCCUUGGAAGGGCUUCUAGAUACGCUUGCCAAAGUUGGAAUUGUCCUGACCCAGGAGCAGAAGGAGCUUUACGAGGAGGCCCAGCGCGGCAAGCUUAAUGAUGGGCAGCAGAAUAUGGAAGUUGAAGCCACAAACCAGCCUGGUUUGACGGCUCCGACCCGUGCCCCGCUGAGCCAAACUCUGCCAGAACACAAGGGCACUGUCCCUGUGACCGGUGCUUCUCCAAUCUCUGCUUUUGUGGCCACAACCUCAGCAACGGCAUCUCAAGUUGAGGAGUUUCCUCGCUUACAGGCGUCGGGGAGCCAUGCCGAGGUGCCACCUUUGGCAAGCCCACACAGCCAGUGGCGAAAACUCGAAGGCCAGGUGUGGGAGGCUGUCCAGAACCCAGAUCUGUUGGGAGCAACUUCAGAGGUUGUCGGCCACCUUCUUGAUCAGGUUGAGCAGGGCAGCUUAGGUUGGUGGCUGUGCCAGGAGAUCUUGGCCCUCCAACGUUCUUUUGACUUGACUUUGCUCUUGCUUGUUGCUCGGGGCUUUGAAGUUUUGUGCAAAUCGCAGCCACAGGGGCACAGGCAAAUGCGAGUCACAUCUUGCAACAUUACUUCUUGGAGACCAGAAGUCAAGCAAUGGUUUUCAGCUCAAGGGGAUGUUAUCUUGAUUCAGGAGCACCAUCUUUUGGAGUCCCAAGUUGUUGCUGAAAUCUCGUCUAUGGCUGCCAUGGGCUUCGACUCCUUCCUUUUGCCCGCAGCCCCUGGGGAAGGCCGACGGAAUAGCUCUAGAGGCGGAGUUGGGGUUUUAGUUAGAGCCCACCUGGGAGCCCGUUUGCGAGGUCAGUAUACCAACCAAGGUUGUGGCUACGUGGCGGUGACGCUACGCACACAAGGGGCUGACUUGACAGUAGUUAGCCUGUACCUCCAGUCUUCCUCCGGCUUCGGGUCCCCGGUCAACUCUGACAUCCUUGCAUCUCUGCGCGCAAUUCGUCAAUCUGUGAGGGGCCCAAUCCUGAUAGGUGGAGACUGGAACUCGCCUUUGAAGGAUUUGUUGGACACUGCCAUUUUUCAAAGUUUGUCCCUGGAACCAAUUGGGCCCAACAAAGCCACCUGUGGUGACAAUGAGCUUGAUUUUCUGGCUGUAUCACACUGCCUGGAAGGUUUGCUCCGGGUUGAUGCCUCCUGGGAUGUUCCUUUCAAGCCACAUGCAGCAAUCCAAGUUGCCCUCAAUGUGGGCGCUUUCCAGCUCACCACUCCACAGCUUCCCUCCUUUGUGCUCUCCUUCAGGGAAGAACCGCUUGAUUAUAUACAGGUUGAGGAGACCCUCGCCUCUUUGCCGGAUACCACCUUUUCGGCUGACCCCCUGAGCAAUCGACUGGCUUCCAUUUCCAGUUCGGUGGAGCACAGUCUUUUGCAAUCGUCCCAGGGUAUUGGUCGCCAACUCCAAGUUGAAUUCCUCCCAGCUGUUCCUCGCAUGUCCCAGUUCGCAUGGGAAGGUUCUUGCCAGGCUUUUUGGCACCGGGUACAAUUUCUGUGCCAGGGAGACCACCCCAAACGUCGAGAGCAAUGCCAGGAGUAUUUGCCGCAGAUCCUGGACCACUGGCAGGGCAACUCGGAGGAGGCUGUUUCUUUUCUUUCUACGCUCCAGGCCUGUCUCUCGGAGCAGGCUGCUGUUCCCGAGCCCGUCCAGCAAUUAUUGCAGGAGCAAUUUCUGCUGGCCUCUAAAGUUCACCAGGAUGCCCAGACCAAGUCGUACAGGUCGUGGUUGCAGGGAGCCCAAGAAAAAGGGAUGGCCCCCCUUUUCAAGACGAUCAAAAAAGGUGAAAUCACCACUGCACGUCCCUUUCGGGAUCUGUCCGCAGAGGUCCGCGCCCUGGCUAGAACCAAACUAUGGCUCCGCACUUGGAAAGGCGUACUUAGAGUUGAGGACCUUCCUCCUCUUCCACACGCAGAGCAACAGGCUCGCGGAAAGCUACGGGAACUGGCUGCUCAGCAGGUCGCUACCCUGAGCCCCAUUUCCCCGGAACAGCUGCAACAAAGGUUUUCCAAAGGCAGGGUCACUGCCCCAGGACCGGACGGCUGGAGCAAGUCCCUUCUCAAGAAAUUGACUUGGCCAAUGCUUCAGGACAUCGCUGAAUUUUAUCAGGAGCUCGAAAGAGGCCUCCGAGUCCCGCAGCAGUUUCUCCUGACACAAGUUUGUAUGCUGCCCAAAUCGGCUACUGCUGAGAGACCUAUCUCUUUAACUCACGUUUUGUGGAGGGACUACUGCAGAGCCAGGUGGUCCCUGAUCCAAGAGUGGACGGUCUCCUACCAGGCCCUGGCUCCUUGGGAUGCCGCAGUGCCAGGUCGAACAUCUUUAGACAUCGGCAUCCGCCGGUUGCUGUGGGCCGAAGCCUCCCGAACUCAGUCCAAACACUUUGUAGGACUCUUUCUUGAUAUCAAAGGUUUCUAUGAUUGUGUAGUUUGGGCCUCGGUAGUCGACACCGGACUCCUGUUGCAGUUCCCACCUUUGCUUUUGGAGCUUUCGGCAUUACUCUGUUAG